AAGCGCACUUGCCGAGGUUUUGCAGGGUGUUUGCCACUUCCAGAUGAUCGUCACCCAGCUUCUCGUCCUGAAUCUUGAGCGCUCGUCGAUAGAAUACCUCAGCCUCCUGCGUCUGCCCUGCCUCGUACGCGCACGUCCCGAGGGUAUUCAGGGUGCUUGCCACGGCCGGAUGAUCGCCCCCCAGCUUGUGUUCCUCAAUCUUGAGCACUCUUCGAUAUAAUACCUCGGCCUCCUCCGCCCUCCCUGCCUCGUGAGCACACUUCCCGAGCAUCUGCAGGGUGCGUACCACCUUCGGGUGAUCGUCGCCCAGUGUCUCUUCCUCAAUUUUGAGCGCUCGUCGAUACAGAAUGCCUCGGCCUCCUCCGCUCUCCCUGCCUCGUAAGCGCACGUCCCGAGGUUGUGUAGGGUGGUUGCCACGUCCGGAUGAUGUCUGUCGCCCAGCUUAUUUUGCUGAAUCUCGAGCGUUCGGCGAUGAUACCCCUCGGCCUCCUCUAUCCUCCCUGCCUCGCAAACGCAUUUGCCGAGGUUGUGCAGGGUGCUCGCCACGUCCGGAUGAUCGUCACCCAGCUUCUCUUCCCGGAUUUGGAGCGCUCGUCGAUAAAACUCCCCGGCCUCCUCCAGCCUGCCUGCCUCGUAAGCACACGUCCCAAGGCUGUGCAACGUGUUUGCCACCUUCGGAUGAUCGUCGCCCUUAUUCUCAUGAAUCUCGAGCGCUCGUCGAUA